CUAGCAUUAACUCUGAGAAGGCCUUUGAGAGCAAUUACUCCACAAUAAAUGCUGUUUGUGCAUAGAGUUCAGCACCUGCAGACAGUGAGAGCCAGCAGCAAUGCCAUCCCUGGCCCUCGCGCGCCGCCGAGCAGCGCUCAUUGCGGUAUGUGCUGUACGAGCGCUCUCGACGACCAGUGAGCGCCUGAGGCAGCUCGGCCGCACGGCGUCCAUCGAAAUCGCUCCAAGGCAAGCAACACGCUACGCGGAACUGGCAAAAGCACGACCGAGCGCCCCGCGCACGGUCUUCGUGAACUUCGUCGACACCGAGGACGAGCACUUCGCGGCCGUCGAGGCGGCCUGCGCCGUGCUCAGGGAGGCGGGCCUCGACCCGGUCCCGCACGUGCCGGCGAGCCGCGUGAAGAACGCGGCGGUGAAGCGGCUGCGGGCCCUGCGCGACGCCGGCGCCGCAUCCGCGCUCAUCAUCGCGGGCAACGACUGGACGGACAUCUGCGCGCGCGUGGACGACGUCGCCGCGUGCGCCGCGGCGUUGUUGGAAAUGAGGCCGGUCUUCGCGGGCUUCCCCGAGGGCCACCCGUACGUGCCGCGCGGCGGCGCGCGCCUCGCGGAGAAGCUGCGCGCCCACGGCGGGAGCGUCGUGUCCCAGUUCUGCCGGGACCUGCCCUUCGUGCUGGACGCGUGGCUCGACGCGACGCGUCCAAACGCGGACGCGAUCUUCGUCGGCGUCCCGGGCCCGGCGCCGCGGGCGACGCUGCGCCGGUUCUACGACUUGUGCGGCGUCGGGCCGAGCGCCGCCGUCGAGGCGGUGUCCGACGAUGCCGACGCGGACGACGUCGUGGCGCCGGCGCGCGACGUCGCCGCGCUCGCCGCGUACCUCGAGAGGCAUAGUGUAGACGACGCGUCGGUGCGGUUGCAUCUGUACCCGUGUGGUGGAGUGGAACGGUGCCUCGCCUACGUCGAGGGGCUCUGUAGCGGGAAUAAUAGUUAAUUGUACAGGCGAAACGAGG